UAAAAAACAUAAAACUAAAUAAGUUUUACCAUGUUAUUAGUCUUUCAAAUUAUAAUUACUUGAUAUAUACUACUUUUAUAUUAAUAUAAGAAAUAGAAGAAUUCUGGGAACUAAGUCAUGUAAAAAUAGUCCAUAAACCAGACAGGCAGAGGGACCCAGCAGAGACGAGCAAAGCCUGCAAGUCAUCACAUUCCAUCAGAAACAUCCAGUUGAAACCAAAUGAAACAGCACUUCAACAACACUACUAAACAACUGCUGCGACUACUGAACUCAGAAACACGGCAAGAGAUCAUAUUUGAAAUAUGGCUGAGAGUGACCUCCUCUACCCAGAGAACCCAAGGAGGCGGGAAGAAGUACACCAUCUUCACCAACAGCUCCUUGACUGCUUAUCGGACAGCUUCCGUGCCACCAAUGAGCUGAUUGAAGUUUUAAAUAUGCAUUUGGGGUGCAGGCUGGCCUCCAUUGAGAUGAACAGAAAUGGGACCAUCAAAGAAAACUGUGAUACCAUUAUCCAAGCCGUGAUGAAAAUCCAAAAGGAAUUGCAAAAGGUUGAUGAAGCACUAAAAGAUAAACUAGAGCCAACCCUUUAUAGAAAACUUCAGGAUAUUAAGGAAAGGGAAACAGAGAAAAUUGCAAUCGUACAAAAGGUUAUUUCAGUAAUCCUGGGAGAAGCCACUUCUGCAGCCAGUGCAGUGGCUGUUAAACUCGUGGGCUCAAAUGUCACAACUGGCAUAAUUAACAAGUUGGUCACUGUGUUAGCUCAAAUUGGUGCUUCUCUUCUUGGUAGCAUAGGAGUUGCUGUUCUUGGCCUUGGCAUAGAUAUGGUCUUCCGUGCCAUCCUAGGAGCAGUGGAGAAAACGCAGCUACAAGCAGCCAUCAAAAGUUAUGAGAAGCAUCUGGUGGAAUUCAAGUCAGCCUCAGAAAAAUAUCAUCAUGCCAUUACUGAGGUCACCAAUACAGUGAAACACCAAAUGAAAUAAACAGCCACCUUAUUUGCCACUGGAA